AUGCAGCAGGAGAUCAGGCCCCUGCUAUCUGUGGACAUCAUAGAGCAGCUUCAUCGCCAGUUUGCCUUGCUCUCAGGAGGGCGAGGCAAAGAUGGCGCCCCUAUCAUCAUCUUCCCAGAGUACUCAGGCUUUAGCGACGUGCCCGAGGAAGACUUCCUCAAUGUUGUUACUUACUUGACCAGCAUACCCAGCCUGGAUGCUGCCAGUAUUGGCUUCAUUAUCAUUAUUGACCGGCGGAAGGACAAAUGGAGCUCAGUGAAGGCCUCUCUAUCCAGGAUCGCUGGAGCGUUUCCAGGAAACCUGCAGCUGGUGUUGGUGCUGAGGCCGUCCAGGUUCUUCCAGAGGGCUAUAGCAGACAUUGGGAUCAAGCUACAUAAGGAUGACUUUAAAAUGAAGAUUGUGAUGCUGAACUCUCUGUCAGACCUGCAUGGCUAUGUAGAUAAAAGCCAGUUAACCCGGGAGCUAGGAGGAAGCCUGGAGUACUGUCACAGUCAGUGGAUACACCACCGAACUGCUGUAGAGAACUUUGCCAUGACAGUGAAAACCACAGCACAGAUGUUACAGAAGUUUGGGACAGACCUGGCAGAGACAGAGCUGCCUAAUGAUGUCCAGUGCACCAAAGACCUGCUCAUAGCACACACUGACAAACACAACAACCUCAAGGAUGAACUGAAGCUAGCUUUGAAGCAGGGCACCACCUUGUUAGAUUGUAUCAAGGAGCAGGCAGCCAAGUCAGAGAACCACAAACUCAACCCAGACGAGAUGGAGAACCAAACAACUGUGGAAAGGCUCCUAGCCCAGCUGGAUGAGACAGAGAACGCCUUUGAACAGUUCUGGUGUAAACACCAUCUGAAACUGGAGCAGUGUCUGCAGCUACGCCACUUUGAACAGGACUUCAGAGAGAUGAAAGUGUCUCUAGACAGUUUGAUGGACAGUCUAACCAGCCUACCAGAUACCGGGGAUUGUGUGGCCAGAGUUGAACACCUGCUAAAGGACCUGAAAAAACUAGAGGAGAAGGCUCUGCCCACACUAGAAAAGGCCCAGCUCCAUGCACUGCACGGUGACCAGCUGAUCCAGAGUAACCACUACGCUGUGGACUCUAUUCGACCCAAAUGUGUGGAGCUCCGACGGGUCUGUGAUGAUUUCAGCAAUGAAUCAAAAAAAAAGACGGAUGUCUUGUCCAAAUCACUGCAGAUACACAUGGGCAUUGAUAAGGUAACCCAGUGGUGUGAAUCUGGCAUCUACCUGCUGGCCUUCCAGGCUGUGGAUAAGUGUCAGUCACAGGAAGGGGCAGAGUCAGCACUGAUUGACAUCGAACACUUUCUGGAGUCUGCAGAAAAGAACCAACUGACUGAAUUGAAGAACCUCCACAACCUGUAUGAUGUUGUCUUGUCCGAGGAUAUCAAGGCCAAUGUCCUGAAGGUACUGAAGCGCCUUGAGGAUGUCCAGGAGAUGUUUCAGAAGCGACACGUCAGUCUGAAGAGGCUGUCAGCGAAACAGAUGAGGCCCGUCCAGCCUGUUGCCCCGCGGCCUGAGUCCUCUCCCAAACGGCCUGUACUGAAGAACCCACCGAGGACAACUGGGAGCCAGCAGCCUCUGGCUCGCAGAGCUUCUGAUAAUUCUAACAGUGGCAAGCAGCCAGCAGAAGCUGAUCCCAGCAAGAAGAAGAACAUACGCAAGGCCAAAGGAGGCAUCAAGAUUGAGGUGAUGCAUGAGAAAAGCCAAGGAGGCUCCACCCAUGUUGUUGUGACCAAUGAGACAGAGGAGAGUCUGUCCAACAGACGCAGACACAUCAUGACUGAGCUAAUUGAAACAGAGAGGCUAUAUGUGGAGGAACUACAAAGCAUCAUGGAGGGUUAUUUUACAGAGCUGGAUAACUCAGAGCUCAGCCACCUCAUCCCCCCGUCCAUUGGGAAAAGAAGGGAUGUGCUGUUUGGCAACCUGCCAGAGAUAUAUGAAUUUCAUAACAGGACAUUUCUGAGAGAGCUGGAGAACUGUGCAGAGAAACCAGAGCUGGUGGGAACCUGUUUUCUGAAAAGGAAAGAAGAGCUUAAGGUAUAUGAGAAGUACUGUCAGAAUAAACCCCGCUCUGAAGUCCUCUGGAGACAGUGUGGAGACAGCCUCUUUUUUCAGGAAUGCCAAAAGAAACUGGACCACAAACUGUCUCUGGAUGCCUACCUGCUAAAGCCUGUCCAGAGGAUCACCAAAUACCAACUCAUGCUCAAGGAGAUGUUGAAAUGCAGUAAGGGGGAGGGGACGGCUGAGUUGGAGGAGGCUUUAACCACCAUGCUGGACAUCAUCAAGUCUGUCAACGACUCCAUGCACCAGAUAGCCAUUACAGGCUUUGAGGGAAACUUGAGUGAACUCGGGAAGCUGUUGAUGCAGGGAUCCUUUAAUGUGUGGACUGACCACAAGAAAGGCCACAGCAAGGUGAAGGACUUGGCCAGGUUUAAGCCCAUGCAGAGACACCUGUUCCUGUAUGACAAGAUGAUGCUGUUUUGUAAGAAACGAGAGGAGAUCACAGAUGGACACGAGAAGACCCCCUCCUACAGCUUCAAACACACUCUCAAGAUGAGUGCUGUGGGGAUCACAGAGAACGUCAAAGGGGACAUCAAAAAGUUUGAGGUGUGGUACAAUGGCAGAGAGGAGGUUUACAUCAUCCAGGCUCCUUCCAUGGAUGUGAAAAAUAUGUGGGUGUCAGAGAUUCGUAAAGUUCUUACAGGCCAGCUAGAGGCAUGCAGAGAAGCCAGCCAGCUCAACAUCUAUGGGGUCCCUAUGAGGAAUGUGCGUAAGGUGGCGCUGAGACAAUCCGAUUCAUCGAGUCCAGAGUUAUGCUUCAGGAGAACCAACCCUAGCCCUAAUAUGAGGCAGAAGAGAGGCUGGGCCCAGCAGCGACUCCCUUCCAUGGACACAGACGACUUUGAGCCGAUCCCCUCCAGUGCGGAGGAAUCCUCCAACUCUUCAGAAGAGGAAGGCAACAAUAAAAAUGAGGACAGUGGUCGUUUCCGGGUGCAGCUUACCUAUGAGUCCCGUGAAGCGCGAGACCUCUCUGAGACGGGUGACUUGGUUCAGUUUCUGAAGGAAGCACAGAGCGGACAAUAGUGAGUUCCAGUUGGCUCCACUGUAGAAGAUAUCUUCAGCGAUCUGUGUACAGCAACGCUCUCUAAAUCGGGCGGAAAUGAAAGAAGUACGUGAGGAGAUGUGUCUCAGGACAGUUCAUUUCCUUGGACUACACCAUGUUUCUUGGAUCAUGACCAUGGUUUCUCAGCUGUAAUUUCCUAAACUGGACUUUAAAUAUCAACAGCUAUUAGUUUUCUACUUGUAGGUCUUCAUUUUGGACUACAUAUAUGGCCUGCUGUUGUUUUUUAGCUGUAGUUUUUCAUGUUUGACACAUUGAAGUUUCUUCAGUGAAGCCUCUGUAAAAAGAUGGAAUAUUAACAUGCCUGAAUGGAACAGUGGGAGAGCCAUAAAUGACAUUUAUUUAAAGGACAAUUCCGGCGCGAAAUGAGUCGGAACGUUCUCUGGGACAUGUUUUCGUGCGAAUGAAAUCCGUCUCCAGCUUUAAACAACAUACCGCAAAACCGGUGGUUACCUGCCAACACUAGCUUUCGAGGCACUUGGUAAAUCUUUCUAAGGCUCAAAAUAGCACCACACUUAGAAUAAUGAGGGUCCCUACAUGCAAACCGAAGCAUUGAUAACUU